AUGAGCAGUAUCUCGGAGUCCGAUUCCUCAUUUCAGGCUAUCAAAAAAAGGCGUAUGUCUUCACGCUCGUCUAUCUCAAGGAAAUCAGGCUCUGCUCAACGGAUCAGUAUUGUGUCACGGAUGAGUUCGCCUGAGGAUCAAAUUAUGACUGCAACGGCUAUGGGAGAUACAUCUUUAAAAAAUGAGGGCAGAGAUAGUUUGUUUCAACGCACAGAUAAUCUCUACGAGAGAUAUACUAUUUCUAAUUUGAAGGAAAUUCCAAAGAAUAUAACAGAUCAAGAUUCCUUUCGUUAUUUGAUAGAUGAGGAAAACUUCACCAUGGCUGAUCUAUGUAAGCCCAAUCUUCCAAUUGGUGAAAUAUCCGAUAAUUUUGAGCGAGCAAGAGAAGCAGCUAAGGCAAAACAAGACAAAAGGAAAAAGCAAAGGGAGCUCAGAGCAAGGGCUCGUGAACAAUUCAAACCACUCGGUGAACUGAAUAAGGAGGAAGCUCAAAUCAUGCUGGAAAAACGUAAAAAAGCAGCUGAGGAGAUUCUAAAUGCUGACAUCCCCGAAUAUGACCAAAAAGCGCAUUCAGCUAUUCAGCUGAAAAUGAACCCUGAUGGUACAUUCAUCGUGGACGAAGAAUCAACUGUGGUAGAUAGACAUAAAAAUGCCAGUAUGGAAAAUGCCCACAAAGAAAGAAUGGAUGACAAUCCUUUUGAGAAUCUAUUCAACUCAGCAACUUAUGGUCGACAGCAAUACACAGACCCUUGGACUGCUGAUGAACUUAUAAAAUUUUAUAAAGCGUUAUCGAUGUGGGGUACCGAUUUCAAUUUGAUUUCUCAAAUGUUUCCAUACAGAACACGAAGGCAAAUUAAAGCCAAAUUUGUUAAUGAAGAACGGAAGCGUCCUUACAUGGUUGAGCUAGCUUUACGAUCAAAGCUGCCGCCCGAUUUCGAUCAAUACUGCCUUGAGAUACGCAAAGAGUUGAAUACCUUAGAGGAUUUCAACCACAAACUACAGCAGCUACAAAAGGAGCACGAAGAUCACUUGAAACAAAUUGAAGUGUCAAAGCAAAGCGCAAAAGAAGAAGAUCUCAAGAUGCAAAAGGCUAAAGAACUCGAUAGUAAAGAUAAAAAGACCUCUGGUGGAUUCAGGCAAGGCGAAUUGAACGCCUACAGAAAGACAGAAGUUGUCUUGGGGACAAUUGACGAUUUGAAAAAAAGAGAAUGGAAGUGGCAGAAAUGA